AUGCAUGAAUUAUACAAGAAGAAGAAAAGAUGGCAUCUGAAUUCUGAACAACAAAACCGUGAAGAACUUGAGGAGAGGGCAAGGCUUGGUGAAACUGUUAUUCCUGGUGGAACUGGUGGAAAGAGUCUGGAAGCUCAACAACACCUUGCUGAAGGAAGGAGCCGUGGAGGGCAGACAAGGAAGCAACAGUUAGGGUCAGAAGGAUAUCAAGAGAUGGGAACAAAAGGAGGACAGACAAGGAAGGAACAGAUGGGGAUAGAAGGGUAUAAAGAAAUGGGGCGCAAAGGAGGCCUUAGCACUAUGAAUAAGUCUGGUGAAGAACGUGCUGCAGAGGAACCAACAGAAGAUCAGAUUUUAAACAAACAGUUCAAAAUUGACUUGUAG